ACCGUUGUUGCAAACUGUUUUACUUUGACGUUGUAGAUUAAAAUAUUGUUUGAUAGGGACUAUGCAAUAAACAAACCCGUAUUAUAUACAGAUUUGUGUUUCAGAAUCAGCGUUUUUGUAUGGGACAUAAUGAAAUAUGUUACAAUUUUUUCCAAAUAAUUUUUGCAUUUUAAGAGCAACUAACUUUAGUAGAUUUUAUCCUUCAAAUGUUACAUACAUAGUCCAGUUGUUAGACACCUUCAAUUUUAAUGGCCAUUUAUUUAUUAAUGCAGAUUUUAAUAUUCGCACUCCUGUGUUGUUGUUGUUUUUUGAUACACGUUUAUAUCUGUCACAUGAAUUGAUUGAGACAUGCAGCUAUAAUUAGAUUAGAACGUUUUAGUACUUGCUAAAUACUUCAAGUGACGCAAAAUAUAAAUUAAACUAAGUAGGCAUGUAAUUGAUAUUUUGUAUUUUAAUCUUAGCCAAUGCCUAAAGUCGUUCCACUCAAACGAACGAAAAUUACACUCGACCAUGGCUUAAUUGAUGGCGACUCAUUCAAUUUUAUAUCAAAACAAUAACACAUAUUUGAUAUAAAAUAAUUGACAAUCCAUAUGUUGGAAGCCGGAUGUGGGACAGGAAAUUACAGUCUUGCUUUUUUACAAAAUGGAAUUGGGAAAUUGACCUUAUUGGAUGCAAGUAAUGGAAUGCUUGCAAAAGCCAAAUCAAAACUUUCCAACUAUGAAGAGAGAGUAGUGGAGAUAAAAGAACACCCUCUGCCUGAAAUUCCAUUUGCUGAUGGAACAUUUGAUGCUUGUACCUUCAUAGAAGUUUUGCAUCAUCUGGACACUGUCAAAAAUGAGGAGGAAGUUUCGAAACACAAUAAUUUGAAAAAGGCUCUCGUGGAGGCACACCGAGUGUUAAAGCCAGGUGGUGUUCUAUUGAUUGACACCUGUUUCCGAGAAAACCUGAAUGGCUUUUGUACGGGUUUGGCCCCUAAGACAAAUGCGUACUUGGAACGAUUGUUCAUAGAUGAAGAAAUACUGAUAAGUUUUUUGAAGGAGAAUGGAUUUACCAAUAUGUCGUGUAUCAGUAGACCUGGCUGCAUACUCUACAAAGAUAAUUUUAAAAUAGAAAAUAUUUUAGAUCCAGUGUGGCGUGGUUGCGAUUCUUCGUGGCAAAUCUUAGAAGAAAACGGAGAGUUAGAUUCGGUGUUGAAAUUAGUUCAGAAACAUAAAGAUAAAGGAACGUUGGAGCAAUUAGAGCGUCAGUUUAAAAAAGUUAAUGACAAAGUUGGCGACCACACAAUGUUAUUUGCUCAGAAAUUGUAGUGAAUUUUUUUUUGUACCACUCUAAAGCGCUAAACAAUUUUUCACUUAUUUUA